GGGGCCCAGCGGAGGAGCGGCGGCGGCGGCGGCGGCGGGGCGUGCGGAGGCCGAGCGGCUUUCAGGUAGAGUGCAUUGAAGGCACAAUGGAACGGUUUGGAGUCAAGUCUGCUCCGUCACGUAACCGCUCGAAGACCGCUUUGUAUGUAACUCCUCAGGAUCGCGUAACUGAGUUUGGCAGCGAGCUGCACGAAGAUGGAGGAAAGCUCUUCUGUACUUCCUGCAAUGUGGUUCUGAAUCACGUUCGCAAGUCUGCCAUCAAUGACCACCUCAAGUCUAAAACGCACACAAAGAGGAAGGCAGAGUUUGAAGAACAGAACGUCAGGAAGAAGCAAAGGACUCUGACUGCCUCCCUUCAGUGCAACAGCACUGCCCAGACAGAGAAAACCAGCGUCAUCCAGGACUUUGUGAAAAUGUGCCUGGAAGCUAAUAUUCCACUUGAGAAGGCUGACCAUCCAUCUGUGCGAGCCUUCCUGUCCCGCUAUGUCAAGAAUGGCAGUUCGAUACCUAAGUCAGACCAACUAAGGAAAGCAUACCUGCCUGAUGGGUAUGACAAUGAGAACCAGCUCAUCAAUACUGAAGACCGUUGAGAAGGAAACUGUUUUCAUCAUUGUUGUGAAGUUUUACAUAUUGAUGGUGUGCUUUAUUUUUAUAUUCAUGCAUAUAAACAGUGUUACAUAUUGGUUUUACAAGCUAUUUUGUAUUAAUGUAGAAAUGACAAUCUAUUUGUGAACUUGGUGGUAUGCCACAGACUGUUGCUAACCCUGCUGUAGACUUCUGAGCUACAUUGGUGUAGAACUCACGCUGAAUGUAGGGAGCAUAACCUGGCAGACACCUUAUCCACGUUCAGUCCAGCUGUACCUGACGCUAAGAAAAAAGCACUUGGAUGGAGGACCUCAGUUACCUAAACCGUGCAUCUAAAUAUACAAGGAAUAUGACACGAUGGAGAUUGUUAAUCAUGUCAGUGGAUUGCUUUUUCCAGUAUCCUGUCCAUGAAUGAUCGAGAGGAAGUGCUGCACAUUUGAAAUGCAAGAAGCUGUAGAAUGGUUAGUUAAAACAACUGCUGUGUUGGAGGAGGAUUAUUGCAAAUUCCUAUUCAAGUUCGGUUUAUGUUCUAAAAUGGGAAACAUUUUUCUUCUAGAAUACUCUUCUAUCCUACUUGGUGCAAUUGUGGAUGUCUGGCUCCAAUAGCUGGUCUCUUGUACUGACUGCUGACCUCCACUGUUAUGAAUUUCGGAGUUCUGCAUGUUUACCAGUCCCCCUUUUCUAAAAUCACAGUUUCAUUGCUCUGUUUAACAUGUCCCCUUCAAUUUCAGUGCCAGUCGUUGAAAGUCAAAUUGACAACCCAGUAACUGAGUGUGGCUUGCAGUGCAGUUGCUGACAAGUGAAAUUUACACUGGGUGAAAAUCUUAGUAGACAGGAUUAAUGCCUUUUUUUACUAGCAGGACAGAGGAUACUAGAUCUAAAUUGGAGAUGGUGGAAGCACUAAACAGUGGAGUUGAGAAAGCUUUUUUUACUGUGCAUAUAAGAAGAGGCUCCUUCAGCUUUCCCUGAAGGUCUUCUCCAUCUCUGGCCUUGUUUUCAGCCUUUUAGGCAAAGGAGGUAAAGCAAUUAAGAUAGUUUUCAAAAUGGUUACUGGAAAGGCUAUUCAGUACCUGUAAAGGCAAACAGAAAAGAAUGUAUGCUUUGCAGCUCUACUGGAAUUACAGGCCUGGGCUGUGUUUCUUACUCUGUGCAAAGGCCAUAUCUAUAAAGGGCAACAAAGGCUAGCAAGGACUAGCAAAAAGUAAAAUGGGCAAUUGAAGAAUUUCAAUAUGUUACCCUCUCUGAAAUCUAGUAAACUAUUAUGGAGCUAUUCCAAAUUAUGCCAAAUAAUCCACUCAGCGUAAGUGCUCUAUAAAGUUUUUGAAUGGAAUGAGGGAGCUUUGUGCAAAGUGCUGGAGUUAGAGCACCUUCUGUCUGCUUUAGUUUUUCUUGAGGUGCUCCAGGUUUCGGGGAGGCACCAGGCAUCUAGUAACGCAG